AGUAGUUAUAUUUUCCCAUCAAAGUUUUUUUUAACAUUUCAUAAAGUUUGUGUUAAGAGACGAAAGAACACGGAACUCAAUUUAAUGUAUUAACUAUUUAAAUGGCCACACUGCAUUAAUAUUCCUGUUGUAACAAUGAAAGUGUUGGAACUAAUUGUGUGUUUUGUAGGUAUUGUCGGAUCAGUUUCCGCCAUAACGACAACCCCUCCUGACAACAAAGGUACUGAGUUUGUUUUGAUGUUCAUGGAAAACCAGCAUUUAGGUCAACAAGAUUUUCCAUUAGAACUUUAUUGCGUCACGCAAGAGAAAAAAUCUGUCAAUGUGCAUGUUACUUCACCAAAGUCUUCUUUUCCACAAGUUAACCAGUCAUUUACGAUAACAGACGGACAAGUUCAUAAAACAUUAGUUGACAGCGCGUUCCGAAUGACCGGAAGUUCAAUAUCCUCAAAAGCCAUCCGUAUUCAAGCCGAUGGGGAGAUAGCAUGUUACGGGGCGAACAAAGAGACACUGUCAAAUGACGUAUAUCUUGGCUUACCAGUUGACACACUCGGAACUGAUUAUUACGCGAUGACAUAUAGUCCGGCGAGCAUUAAAUCUGAACUUGGAAUAGCAUGCACAGAUGAUUUCACAACUGUGAAAAUAACUUUACCAGCCGGAAAUGGAAAUGUAGACGUUACAUUUGAGGGAAAAACAUAUCACUCUGGAGAUGUUAUCAACGUACAGUUACAUAAAUAUGAUACACUUCAGUUGCAGAUCACUGGUGACCUGACAGGUACUCAUAUAGAAACUAACAAACCUGUCGCAGCCUUCAGUGGAAACUUAAGAACCAAUAUUGGUAAGGGGCCAUUCGCGGACCAUCUUGUUGAACAACUUCUUCCAUCAGAUAGAUGGGGGAAAAAGUUUGUUACUGCUCCCAUUCCACGUCGAACAGUUGGUGAUGUGUUUAAAGUAGUCGCACGUGAAGAUAACACAGUUAUCAAUGUCACAGGAAAAUUAUUAUUUCACUUGAAUAAAGGAGGUUUAGUAACAUUUGAACUACCUUCGGACCACUACAAUUAUAUUGUCUCGUCUAAACCAGUGAUGAUGGCACAGUUUGUAAAAAGUCAGCAGCUAGCUACGGAGUCUGCGGAUCCUUCAAUGAUGAUUAUAACGCCAUGUGAACAGUUUGGAUCAGACUACACAUUUUCUUCACCUGAAUAUUCCCAUCCUGAAUACGGCCCAACAUUUAGGUACAAGAACGAACUCAUGAUUGUUCUAAAGAAAUCAGAUAUUUUAGGACUUCUGUUGAACGGUAAAAUGUUUCCUCAAACAACGUGGACUGAUAUACCAUAUUCAAAUAUGGUCGGCUCGUACAUCACUCUGUCACACGGUGCGCAUAAAGUUCAUCAUUUGAACCCGUUAGCAACAUUUGCAGGAUACCUAUAUGGUCACGCCUAUCACGAGUCAUAUGGAUUCCCGGUCGGCAUGAGAACGGCUGUGAUAUAUUCAAAUUGCACCCCUACAGUAAGUGUCCCUGGAGAUGGUAUCGACAACGAUUGUGAUAACACGAUAGAUGAAGAAAUUUGCCCAGACAACAUUGGUGAACUUUUUCCCUUAUCUUUUAAAAUAGAGUGAAUAAAAUAAUCCCUAAAGAAAGUCCAAAACGACAAAAUUGUAAAUGUUGCAGGUUCGGUUUGAUUGAGCCUGUUCAUGGACGGUAAUGCAAAGUGCAAGUUACUGUCAACGCCCCUUAACACCGACUUAAGCAAAAUUCAACAUUUUACAUGAACUGGUAAAAUUUGGAAUUUUGAAACGUGUUCAUAGGGCGGUUAUCAUGGAAUAUUCAAUGUGACACGUUAGUGUCAUUCCAUGAAAAGCGGCGUAUGGUCCCCAAAUAAAAGAACGCGUGUCAAUGGGCGGAACUAAAUAAAAUGUAAUUUUAAAAAGGGAUCAGAGGAAACAAAGCCUGCAUGAACUAAAAAAGCACUAGCACAACCAAAUGCCACGGAUCGAAAAUAUUACAUUCCUGAUUGAAUGUAUAUACAUG